AUGGCUCCAAAAUCUCAAGCAAUUGCUCCUAAGGGUUGUAAGAGAAAAGCCGCUAGUCAAUCUCCAGACUCGGCUGCUGAAGAUCGUCAAGUAAAUGUUGAGGGAGAAGAAUCAGAGAGUAAACAAAAAAGAGUUUAUAGUAAAGGUGGAUGUAGGGAAUGUAAAAGAAGAAAGAUUAAAUGUGAUGAAGGUAAGCCUCAAUGUUGGCAAUGUAUGAGAUUAAGAAAAGAAUGUUCAUAUCCAGAAGCCGGUGAAAAAGUAUUGAGAGUUUCGAAAAAGAAACAGCAACAACAUGAACAAAUGCAGGCUCAAAGAAUUUUACAUCAAAUUCAUGGUUCUCCAAAUCUUAUUGAUGCAGUUCAAGGAAACGGAAAUCAACCUAUUUAUUUUAUCAGACAUGAUCCUAAUCAACCAAUGAUGUAUCAAUACCCUGGUCCUGUUUAUUAUCAAGUACCCCCUCCAAACUCACAACAACAACCACAACAUCCACAACAACAACAACAACAACAACAACAACAACAACCACAGCAACCACAACCCUUUAUUUAUGCUCCAAAUGUUCCAUUUGCUCAGCAAGGGCAACCGCAAAUGGCACCAAUAGUUAAAGCUCAACAGUUGCCUCAAAUGAAUCAACAACAAUUGCAACAAUUGCAACAGGCUCAACAAGUUCAACAAGUUCAACCACAACAAUCUCAAUCUCAACCUCAACCUCAACCACAGCCGCAGCAACAACCAAUACAACAAGUUUCAUCAGCUCCUGCUUUGUAUUCUGCUGCAAUUCAACCUCAACAACCAAAGCCAAUUGUUUUACCACCACCAGUUCAAGCUACCAAAUCUAAUGAAGAAAUUCCAAAGGCUACUAAAACUUCAAGUUUAAUGAACUUAUUAAAUGAUUCAAAAAGAAAUGGUGGUAAAAGUGCAGAAUCAAUUCCUCCAGAAGAAAUGAUGGGUUUAUUUGAUCAAAAAGAUUUAAAUUUAUUGUCUUCUGAUUUGAAUAAUAUGGUUAAUAAUAUAAUGUAUGAAAUGAAUUAUAAUUAUAAAGAUAAAUAUAAAUUGGAAGAAAAUUCAACAAGAAGUUCAGAGAGCACAACAUCAGUGUUAAAAGAUAAAACGUUAAAGAAUUUACCUUUAGAUUACAUACGAUUGAAGAAACAAAAAGAUCAAGAUUAUUAUGAAGUUUUUUACAAUGAAUUUGCGAAUAUCGUUUUACCUUUUGGUAGUUAUGAUAAAGAGAAUCACAAUUAUUGUAAUCCAGCAAGAGAUAUAAUUUUGAAUUGCGCUUCAAGUGAAGACUAUGUAUUAGCUGCAGUUUUAGCAAAUGGUGCAAGACUAAGAUUUUCAAAAACUAAAAAUGAUGAAGAUGAAGAAGCUCAUUGUGUUUAUUUAUCUAGAUGUUUGAAAUUAUUGGGUCCUGCUAUUUCACCAGAUGAUAAUAAAUUAAGUUCAAAUAUUGAAAAUGUUUUAUUAACUGUUUUAUUAUUAACUACUGCAAAUGCAGCUAAUUUGAAACAAGAUUGGAGAUCUCACUUAAAAGGUGCUAAAGAUAUAUUAUUGAGACAUUCAAAACAAAGUAGAAAAACAUCAAAGAUUUUAAUAUUUUGUAAAUUCUGGUUUAUAGUUUUGGAAAUAUUAGCAGGUAUAAGUUGUAAAAAAGGAGGUACAUUAACUUCAGAUGAAGAAGUUGAUGGGUUGAUAAAUAUAGGCUGUGAGCAUGAAAUAAUUGCAUUAAAAGAAUUAGGUAUAAUUUUAGAUAAUGGAUUUAAUAUUAUGGCUGGAUAUCAUCAUGAUUGUAUUAAUUAUUUUAAAGAUUUGAUCAAAGGAUUGAACAGAGUAAGAAAAGGUACUUUGACUCCAUCGUUUGAAUAUCUUAAAUUAUUUUCCCAAUUUCAACAACAAUUAGAAAUUGAAUUUAUCAAUAAAAAAGGUAUAAAUAUCGGAGUUACAACUGGUAUAUUAGUUGAAAAUCCAACUGAUAAUUUAACUAUUUCAUGGCAAGAUGUGAGUCAUCAAUCAUAUGUUAUGGCUGCUUUAAUUACCAUCUUAACUAGACUCUACCAGGAAUCUUCAUCAUCUCCUCAAGUUCAAUUCUUAGCAAAAUCAAUUAUUGAAUUUGAAUCUUAUCUUGAAGAUGAUAAACAAGAACCACCAAAAUUUAUAAAUAGAACUGCAUUUAUGAUGUUACAAUGGGCAAUGUUAACCGCUGGAUCCAAUAUUACAGAUAAAAAACUUCAAAAAAUAGUGACUAGAUUUUUUGAAAUUCUGGAAUUGGUGGGGUCUGGGGGAGCAUCGAUUGCAUUAAAAAAAGUAACGAAAUUAUGGAGGAAAGCUAACAAGGGAGAAGAUGAUAAAAGUGAAGAAGAGAGUGAAGAGGAAGAUUAUGUUUCAUAUUAA